AUAACUUUGGGGGUCGCGGCAGAAGAGCGAGGAGGCGAGGGGGGUCCCGGGGCGCUUCCCCUGCCUCUCUCCUCGCUGGCUUCCUUGAGCGCGGAGCCCCAGCGGGUAGCGCCGCUGAGCUUGAAUGACAGCUGUCAACUGAGCAGGAUGGCCGCUUUGGAUACCAAUAACAACUCCCCAGGGGGCGUGAUUAGCUACAUCGGCUCUAAUGGGUCCUCUCCGAGCCGAACCAGUCCCGUCUCUCUGUGCGGCAGCGAUAGCUCCAGCAGCAGCUGCCAACUGUCCUCCCAACCCCCCUUCUCCAGCUACUUCCCCCCCUCGCCCACUGGAUCUCUGGUGCAGGAUGCUGGACGUCCGUACGGGGGUAGCUCUGCCGGCCUGCGCGAAGACUCCUCUCCUUCCUCGUCCUCUUCCUCCUCCUCGUCCUCGUCUUCCUUGUCCUACAGCUCUGGGGGCUCACCGUUGGGGCUGCAGGUGGCCGUGGAUGAAGGGAGACGCAGUUCCCCCACCAAAAGCACCGGCGGCAGUAUUACAAAACUCAACGGGAUGGUCCUCCUGUGUAAAGUGUGUGGGGACGUGGCCUCGGGAUUCCACUACGGCGUCCACGCUUGCGAAGGCUGUAAGGGUUUCUUCCGGCGCAGCAUUCAGCAGAACAUCCAGUACAAAAAGUGCCUAAAGAACGAGACCUGCAACAUCGUCCGCAUCAACCGCAACCGUUGCCAGCAGUGUCGCUUCAAGAAGUGUCUGGCGGUUGGCAUGUCCCGGGAUGCCGUCCGGUUUGGGCGCAUCCCGAAGCGAGAGAAGCAGCGGAUGCUGGCCGAGAUGCAGAGCGCCAUGAACAACAUGGCCAACAACCAGCUGAGCGCGCAGAGCCCGCCCGAGAGCCUGCCGAUGGGACACCCCCCGCCGGCCAACCCCCUGCUAUGCCGCCAGCCCCAGCAGACCCCCCGCUCUUCGCCGCCUCACGCAACUUCGCCCCCUCAGCCGUCCCCGUGCUUCUCCCAGUUCUCCCAGCAGCUGACGCCCCCGCGCUCCCCCAGCCCCGGCGACGUCAUGGAAGACGUCAUCUCGCAAGUGGCCAAGGCCCACAAGGAGAUCUUCGUUUAUGCCCACGAUAAACUGGCCGCUGGGCCCCUCCUCCCCACCGCGGGGGACAGUUCCCUCGGUUGGGAGAACGCCUGGCUGACCGACGGCUACCGCGGCAAUGGGGUUUGCCCUCAGAACGACAACUGGAACGCCGCCGGCUCCCCCCCCAGCAACGCCUGCCACCAGAAUAACAUCAACGGGCAUCGGUUCUGCCCUUCCGGCUACCCCUCGCUGGAGAUGGACCCCUCUGCCAGGCAGGGCUGCCCUCGGCCGGGUGAAACCAGAGACAUACUCUUAGCGUGCCCCAUGAACUGUCACCCCCAUGGCCGCAGCGGCCGCACAGUCCAGGAGAUUUGGGAGGACUUCUCGCUGAGCUUCACCCCGGCCGUCCGAGAGGUCGUGGAAUUUGCCAAGCACAUCCCGGGCUUCCGGGAACUUUCCCAGCACGACCAGGUCUCCCUCCUGAAAGCCGGCACAUUUGAGGUGCUGAUGGUGCGGUUCGCCUCCCUCUUCAAUGUGAAGGAGCAGACGGUGACGUUCAUGAGUCGCACCAAGUACAGUCUGGAGGAGCUGUGGGGGAUGGGCAUGGGGGACCUGCUGACCUCCAUGUUUGAGUUCAGCGAGAAGCUGAGUGCCUUGGACCUCUCCGAAGAAGAGCUGGGGCUUUUCACCGCUGUGGUGCUGGUCUCUGCAGACCGUUCCGGCAUCGAGAACCCGGCCUCGGUGGAGCAGCUUCAAGAGACACUCAUCCGCGCCUUGCGGGCCCUGAUCAUGAAGAACCACCCCCAGGAGACCUCCCGCUUCACCAAGCUGCUGCUCAAGCUCCCCGACCUCCGCACCCUCAACAACAUGCACUCGGAGAAGCUGCUCUCCUUCCGCAUUGAUGCUCAGUAGGGCGGAGGGGGGAGCGUCUCUGCUGCCUGCCCCCUCCCAUCGUUGCACUAACAGGGACCGUUCCUGGGCUUGGACCUGGCUUACUUUAUUUAUAUCGGCGUUAGCACAGCUGCUGCCCCUCCCUGACCCACCUGGACGGAAGCGGCCCCCCGUUGACUUUGUAUAUAUAUAAUCUCUGUAUAUUGGAGUUCUGUGAAUAGAAUGGCCACUCCUCCCUGCCGUGGGGCUGGAGUAAUAUAUUGAAUCACAAA